AUGGUGCAAGCAUAUGGUGUUACUGCGGCCUACACAGGUUUCCUAAUUUGCCCGUGCUGUGUCACUGUAGUUGGAGAUAUUUUAAUGAUUGCUGAAGAUAUCUCGAAGUGUCCAUGCUGUAAGGUGAGAAACAAGCGGAAUAUUUGUAAUAGAAAAGAGGACUCAGGAGUAAUAAGAAACCGGAGAUCGAUAACAAAUUCUUCGUUGGGGAUAAAGCCUCACUCGGAUAUUGGAGGUAUGAUAUAUGCAUUUGUAAACGUUUUUCGAGAACCAACAAAUUACUCAGAAAUUCAACUUGAUUAUUUAACCAAUGCUAUUAUAAACGCUAUUAAAUUUCACGAUCAACCGCCUGCUGAUUUGUUAUACAUAUUCGACGUUUACAGUUCAAAGGUACAUUUGAAUGGAUUAAAAACCGUAAUAAACAGCAGUCAUAAUAUAACAUUCUUGAUAGCUGAUGCUACACCAGAACAUCCGAUCAGAGGAUUCCGGUACAUAAAGAAUACUGACUUGAACGAUACCAAAAGUAAUUAUAAAUUCUUGACUGAGGAAUCAAAUCGUGAAGAGUUCUUGGAUAAUGAUUCUAAAGUUGUGGUUCUAUUACCUGAAUCAAUAAAUAAAUCACCGCAUCGCAUUAGUUUCAUCGUAUUCGAAGAGGGACUAUUCCAUGAGAAUACGAACAGCAGCCUUACAGUUAAUAGCGUAGUAGUUGAUAUUAAUAUUGACAAUGUGACCACUUUUGAGAAUGGAGAGGUGAUAGACAUUCACCUAAGACCUUUCAUAGAACGACCACCCCGCGGCUCUGUUCGGAAUUGCGCCUACUGGAAGUUUCUAGAAAAUGACACUGGAUACUGGUCCACGGAGGGUUGUACCUUUGUCAAAACUAAGCCCGGAGUUAUGGAUAUUUGCCGUUGCAACCAUUUGACGCAUUUCGCCGAAGUUCUCGUUCCGCGGACACUAUUUUCAAAACGCAACGAGGAUAUACUAGAAAUACUAUCCAUAAUAGGGUGUGGUCUUUCUUUAUUUGGUGUAACUGUAAUUAUGCUUACAGCGCUAGUAUUUCCAGCAUGGCGAAAAGAAUUCGGUAACAAAAUUUGGCUACAAUUGUGCUUUGCAAUAUUCCUUAUAUCUCUUUGUUUUAUCUUUGUAGUACUUGUCAAGGUAGAUGAAUAUGAUAUUCAGUGUAUGAUUGUAGGUGCAGUAUUGCAUUAUUCAGUUUUGAAAUCUUUCUGUUGGAUGUUGGUAUCCGCUGUAAUAACAUAUAGAAAACUGGUUGUAGUUUUUACUACAGACGUUUCUCGAAAACUUUUAAAAGCCUCUGCUUUUUCAUGGGGAGCACCAAUUGUUAUAGUGGGUAUUCUCUUUGGAGUAGAUCCACUUUCUUACGCGGGACAAUUUGAAGACAAGUCCCCCAGUGGUAAAUUUUGUUAUCCAUCCGGCCUCGGACUUUGGUUGGCAGUCUACGCACCUGUUGUUGUUAUAUUGGUAUCAAACACGAUACUAUUUAUCUUAAUAGUUCGUUCUGUUUUUGCAUCUAGGAACAUACAGGCGCAUAGAGAUCCAAAAGAAGCUAUUAGGAGCGCGCGCGUUAGUUGUUUUCUUGUAUUUUUAUUCGGUUUGCCCUGGUUAUUUGGCAUUUUUGCUAACUAUCUUAUAGCUACUUAUAUCUUUACUUGCACUGUAACUUUACAAGGUUUUGUGCUAUUUAUUUUUAUUGUAGUAGCCAAUAAAAAAACCAGAGAUAUGUGGCUGGAUAAAUUGAAUAUAAAUCAUAGCAGUAAAAUUACUGAGACUACUCCUACGAGUGUGAAUAGAAGCGUAGGAUCGAGAUUAAGAGAUAUAUUUUAUGUAAAAACCAGUGAUCCAUCGAGCGUAAGAGAUACAUCUGUGGAAACUGAAAAUAUGAUAGAAUUGACAGAUAGAGCUCCUAAAGCAAAUUAA